AUGCUGAUCACCGUGUACUGUGUGCGAAGGGACCUCUCUGAGGCAACCUUCUCCCUCCAGGUCAGCCCUGACUUUGAGCUUUGCAACUUUCGGGUCCUUUGUGAGCUUGAGUCUGGAGUCCCCGUCGACGAGAUCCAGAUUUUCCACAUGGAGCGCAUCUUGGCAGACGACCACUAUUCCCUGGGCUCCUAUGGCCUCAAAGACGGCGAUGUUGUUGUUUUACUUCAAAAGGAUAAUGUGGGAUCUCGGCCUGUAGGACGGACCCCAAAUCAGCCCCGAGUAGAUUUUGGUGGGACUGCAGUGCCUGGGACUUCAAACUCUAGGCAACAGCACCAACACCAACACCAACACCAGCACCAGCACCAGCACCAGCACCAACACCAGCAUCAGAAACGUGCAUCAUCUGUACAGCAGUCCCAUGGCUUGGCCUCUGGAGAGAAGAUGACUUCUUCUCAAGGUCUGGACAGCCCCACUUUAAUUCGCAGUAUGCUGCUUUCGAGUCCUCAUGAUCUGUCCCUGCUGAAGGAACGCAACCCAACCUUGGCGGAAGCACUGCUCAGCGGAAACCUUGAGACAUUUUCUCAGGUCUUGAUGGAGCAGCAAAGGGAAAGAUCCUUGAGAGAGCAAGAGAGACUUCGCCUUUAUUCUUCUGAUCCAUUUGAUCUGGAUGCUCAAGCCAGAAUAGAAGAAGAGAUUCGGCAGCAGAACAUCGAAGAAAACAUGAAUAUAGCAAUGGAAGAGGCCCCGGAGAGUUUCGGACAAGUGGCAAUGCUCUAUGUCAACUGCAAAGUGAAUGGAUAUCCUUUGAAGGCUUUUGUUGACUCAGGAGCCCAAAUGACCAUCAUGAGUCAAGCUUGUGCUGACAGAUGUAACAUAAUUAGGCUGGUGGACCGACGAUGGGCUGGAGUUGCUAAGGGAGUGGGCACACAAAGGAUUAUUGGCCGCAUUCAUCUAUCUCAGAUUCAAAUUGAAGGUGACUUCUUACAAUGCUCUUUUUCCAUUCUCGAGGAGCAGCCCAUGGACAUACUUCUAGGACUAGAUAUGCUCAGGAGACAUCAGUGUUCCAUUGAUUUGAAGAAAAAUGUGCUGGUGAUUGGAACCACUGGCACACAGACUCACUUCCUUCCCGAGGGAGAGUUACCCCCCUGUGCUAGGCUGGUAAGUGGAACUGGGCAAGAGGAGUCUUCAAAUAAGGAAGCAUCAGAUAAAAUGAAACGUUCAGUCAUGGAUUCAGGACGCAAAAAGCAUUGA